UUUACAUUCAAAGAAAUCACAUAAAUCUGCACAAUUUAUUAAUUAUAGGCAAAGCUAAGUCAGAAAAAGCAUAUCGAAUGACUAAGACAGUAAAUAUAGCAAUCGUAAAUACCUAGAAAAUGGUGCAGAAUAAGGAGAUUAAAAAGCAAACGCUCAAAGUUGUGAAAAAUGGAGAUGCACACGAAGAAACGCUAUUAUUAAAUGGAAAAUUGAAUGAAAAUGAGGAACAUUCAGAGAGCGAGGAUGACUAUAUGGAGCAUCUUUUGGUUGUGCCAUCGUUAGAUAAAAAUGUUGCGAAUAGAAAUAUGAAUUUAGUAUCAGAAUCUCUAUUAGGAUUUUAUUCAGCAAUAGAAAAUAGGAAAGAAUAUCCUAAAAUUAAACAGGAAUUGAUGGGAGAUUUAGUGUCAAUAAAGAGUGAAAAGGUAGAAAAACGAAUUGUAGAGGAUAAAAUAAUUAACAAUGACGAUCUUCAGCUAAACAUAGAAGAAAUAGAUAUUAAAUUGGACAAUGAAGAUCAGAAAAUCGAGGUCAGCAAAGAAGAAAUAUAUGCCGUACGAAAAAUUUCAAUCACCUUCCAUAAAGCUAGAUUCGUUCCCGAAAAUCCUCCACAAAUGUUCGAUCAGUUCCUUAUAUGUCGACGAUGUACAAUCUUUUUUAAGUCAAGGAAGUUUCGUAAAAUGCACAAUGCUUUACAUCACCGAAAAAAGCGACCGACUGACAAUUUAAAUGCAUCAAAAGUGUCUACAGACAAUGAGCCAAAUAAGAUUAGGAAACGAAUCAGAAGUGGCGGAAAAGGCAAACUUUUAAUUUGUGAUUUAUGCUCAAAAACCUUUAAAAUUAAAGCUCUAAUAAGAUCGCACAUGAAUUGCCAUUCACUUGAGAAACCAUUAGCAUGUGAUCAAUGUUCAUAUACCGGUAAACGUAGUUAUGACCUUAAGAAACAUUAUUUCGUACAUCAUAAUCCAGAUAGGAUAAAGAAGAAGCGAACAAGACGAAGAAAGUGUGAUAAAUGCGAUGACAUUUUAGACAGUAAGAAAGCAUUCAAGUUACAUUUAAGACUGAAACACCGAGAGAAGGUGGUAAGGAAGCCAAGGAUCUUUAAGAGAUGUGAGAAGUGCCAAGAAGCAAUUUAUACUAAAAAAGGAUAUAAAAUUCAUAUGAAGGAGAAGCAUCGGGACUUUUUGUAUAUAAAAUGUGAAAAAUGCAAUCGUAGAUUCAAGACAAACUUUAGAUUGAAGAAGCAUAAAAGUCGGUAUGCCACUUUAGGACAAGAUUGCCGUACAAAAGCCCGAAAUAUUGGUGAAUUUAAUUGUGAGCACUGCAAAGCGAAAUUUGCCUUGAAAAGCUACUUAUCGCUGCAUAUGAAGAAGCAUGAAGCGUACACUUGUGAAACCUGUCAAUCCAUUUUUAAUUCUCAAUUUAGUCUAAAGUAUCAUGAAUUUUCUCAUCUCGAUACCGAGCCAAAAUGCUUAAAUUGUGCAAAAGUAUUCUCAUCGGAACAAAAAUUCUCGAAUCAUCUCAAACGAAAAGUAUGUGUAGCUCAUGAAGUAACCAAUGGACAUAUUGAAAAUGGAAUUUAGCAAUUCUAGAUAAAAUUUAACUAUAGGACUUUAAACAAUGAUACAGAUGGAAAAUUACUAAUUCUUUUGAUCACUGUAAAUUAUGAUAAAAAUAGGUUUUUUGACGAUUAAUAAAUUUUUUAAUUUUCACAAGAA